AUGAAGAUAAAGACACAGGAGCGCAUCACGUACCCGGAAGGCGUUGAGAUCUCCGUGAAGGACCGUGUGGUGACUGUAAAGGGCAGCCGCGGAACACUCACAAAGGAUCUCCGUCACCUCCAAUUGGACUUCCGUGUGAACAAGAAGUUCCGCACCUUCACCGCCGUUCGCUGGUUCGGUAACAAGAUCAACAACUCCACCAUCAACACCGCACUCUCACUGGUGCGCAAUAUGGUGACGGGAGUGACUCGUGGAUUCCGCUUCAAGGUCCGCUUCGCCUAUGCGCACUUUCCCAUCUCUGUCUCUGUGGAGGAUCAGGCGGUGGAGAUUCGCAACUUCUUGGGUGAGAAGCGUGUGCGCCGUCAGUUCAUCUCCAAUGAUGUGAAGGUGUACCGCACAGAUCCCUCUGUUGUGAAGGAUGAACUCGUGCUGGAGGGCAACGACUUGGAGAAGGUCUCGCGUGAAGCCGCCGUGAUGCAUCAGCUCUGCCUGGUGAAGAAGAAGGAUAUCCGUAAGUUCUUGGAUGGUAUCUACGUGCAGACCAAGACCAACAUUGUGGAGGAGGAGUAA